AUGUCUCGUGACUUUUUAGUACGUUCGGAACAGUGAUAUUGGGUAUUGUUGGAGAAGGUGUCAUUUUUAUUGAAAAUCGCAUAAGAAAAUCAUAUGAUCUGUUGAGCUCGAAGAUGUUGAAGACUCUUUUAAUAAUUUCGACACUUUAUGUCGCAGCUCAUGCUGCUGGUCGUCUCCAGAUUUUACAAUCGCCAAAAUCGUUGAGCUUUAAAGGCAAUGAUCGCCUAGAGUCUGAAUCACUUGCCGAUGUAUUGGCCGCAUCAUUGGGAUUCUCUGUCACCCAUCCAUCCGAGUGGAAGGGCCUCUACAUCAAUGAUCCGUUCAAUCCUGCCACUGGAGUUAUAGCGGUUGUAGUUGAUGGGGUAAACAGCUUUGAUCACGUCAACAGUGCCAAAACCCAUUCAUUCGACCUGGUUGGAUCGGGAGCACAAGAAUCGUUGGAUUCGUUAGUUUUUCGUGUUCAAGAGCACAAUGCUGAGGCAAUCGAUUUGGAUUUAACGCAAGGAUUUGAUGUGCUUGAUCAAUAUGCACCGCUUUUGGGCGAUAUCAAACCAACUCAAGAAAAAAUCGUCUCAUUGAAAUCAUCCAAUGCUGACGAAAAAUUGUACAAGGAGCAAAUUGCCAUCAUCGACGCAUUUACCGCAAAAUUGGAAUCGUUGAAACCAUUGCCAAUAUUCGUAACAAUCCGUCUGUCAUUGACACCAUUAACACGAUCAGCAGCUAUUACCGAUGCUCAGAAACAACUUGCCACCUCCAUCGAAGGCCUAUCUGCAGCUGCCCAAAAAGCGUACAACGAUGGUGCAGUUGUUGCGGUUGUAACUGUAAAGGACGAUGAUGUCAAUGCGCGACAAAAACGCAACGUUCGUGUAACUAGAAGCGAUCCAAUCCCAGUCGAUACACUCAACCUGGCCUUGUCCUACUCAGAGGACUAUCCAGUCAUCUUCAACAUCAUUUUGUGGUUCAGUGUCGUUCUAACAUUCUCUUUGUUGGCCAUCAGCUACACCAUCGGAUACAUGGAUCCGGGUCGCGAUUCAAUUAUCUAUCGCAUGACUUCCACUCGAAUGAAGAAGGACAAUUAAGGAGGCAGAUUUUUGUUUAGCAGUCAGUUGUGGGAGGAUUGGGAGGCUUGUUGAUUGAUGUCAUCACAAUGUUGGUUUUUUAUGUGGACAUUCGUUUUUGGUUUUCAUAAACAAAAAUUUUCUUGUGCUCUACAAAAAUUGUCCGAUUUUUUGUCCGUAGUUUUUUUUUCUUUCAUUCAAAAUUUAAAACCAAAAUUUCCAUCAUAUCGAAAUGAGAGGCGAUUCUAAGUAUUAUACUAAAUAAACGAAAGAAAAGAAAAUUUAAUUUAAAACUGAGAGAAUUCGAUUCAAAUUUUAGUUUCUCAAAUUAGUAAAAAACAAACAAUUCAACUCGGAACUCAUCGUGUACUUACGUCGACUGAUAACGUAGGUGCUAACAAAAUUUCAGUGAAAAUAGAUCAGAUAUAUUUCGUCUUGCGAGACAAAACACAUUGACGAUGCAGACCACCUUGUUUGUUAAGACUAAAAAUCAGACAACCAUUUUAUGGAGGUUCACUUCAGCUAAUUGUUUCAUUUUUAGUCUCACACAUCGGUGUCUGCUUCGUUUUUCUACUUCCUCCUCUUUAUUUCCGUAAUUAUUGCACAAUGAUUGAACGGUCAUUCGUUCAUUCAAAUUUUCCAACUGAAGAAUGUUUUAACCGUAUUCGCUUGUGAUUUAUUUCAUUCAUUCAAUUUAUAGA